UAUUACGAGGUGGGGAGGGACGCGAUCCCGUCGCCCGUUUAACACAAUGAUUGUGUCCAGUCGCUCCUUAAUCGCCGGUUAGGCGUAACCCAAAAUACUACUUCACGUAACGUAAUACUCAGUGCCUUAUAGUGGUUUAAGUGAGCCGUAACUUAAAAUGCAGAAUUUCAUCGUAUUUUGUCUAUGCAUUUGCAUACUGCCCUUGGCUAAGAGUGCACCGCAAAUGACCGAUGCCCAAUUAGAACAGACCCUAAACGACAAAGCGACGAUGCAGAGACACUUGAAAUGUGCCCUCGGCGAGGGCCCGUGUGACCCUGUUGGAAGGAGAUUAAGGACCUUAGCACCGCUUGUCUUACGAGGGGCCUGCCCACAAUGUUCACCUCAAGAAACGCGCCAUAUUCGACGGACUCUAGCAUAUGUCCAGAGAAACUAUCCUUGGGAGUGGGCGAGAAUCGUAACUUACGUCCUUUUAGUAUGCGUUGUGGUAGCAUCAUGUGUGGCGCAACAGGCCCAGCGUCCACAAGUCACCGACACAGCACUCGAAGAUGCUCUCAACGAUAAGCGCUUCAUUCAGAGGCAACUGAAGUGCGCUCUCGGCGAGGCGCCUUGUGAUCCUAUUGGAAAACGAUUAAAGACUCUGGCUCCUCUAGUACUGCGAGGUGCGUGCCCACAAUGUUCUCCGCAAGAAACUAAACAAAUCCAAAGAACUCUCUCCUACGUCCAAAGAAACUACCCACAGCAAUGGGCUAAAAUCGUUCGUCAAUACGCUGGUUAAGUUUGAAAUAAUUAUAAUGUGGAAUAACGUAAUAAAGGUGUUUGGACUAAUUUAGCUGUACAUAAAUACUGUGUACGUAGGAGCAUUUAUACAAUUUUACAGCUCUCUUUACCGCAGCUUUUGCGAUAUUUAAUGCAGAAAAUAUAUUUUCUUAGUUAACAAUCGAAAUAAACUUAGUUUGAAUUCCUCUCUACAUACAUACAUACAUAUAUAAUUUGCAAUAUAUUAUUUAAUAUUAGAAAAAAGGCAUAUUUUUUGUACUCUUGGAACAUUUAACAUUUACUGUGACCUUUAUUAUUAUGGUGGUUAAAGAUGAUUAAAUUAUUAUAUUUUAUUAUUAAAGCCAUUCUGUUUAAUUAUUAUUGAGUCUGAAAGCAUAAUAUUAGGAUAAAGGUGCUUGAACUAGAGUAAGUUACUUAGUUAUGAUAAUUUUAAUUUACCAAACUCGUACCAUUCUGUGUUAUUUUCUUCAAGAAAUACUAUAUUUACGUAUUAAAUAUAAACGCUGUUUACAUACUUACCGGUUAAAGUUAACGUAGUUAUGUAUUUGAUCCACCUAUACGAACAAUUUUUUGUUAGCGUUAUUUACUAUAAAAUACAUUUCUAUUAAAUCUCGAAAAUAAAAUUAACAUAUUGAAACAUUA